AAGAGACUCGCAGCACACACAAUGAGUCGCACCUGUGCUCUGCUCGGAAACGCUCGGCUAGACCUCCAGCCCGACAAUGGACGGCCUCAACGAGAGCACGCUGCCCACCCAUCUUCCUCUCAGCUCGGAGGUCCGGAUGCUGGGAUGGAACACGCCGGACGACUACCUGACGCACGUCAACGAGCAUUGGCUGUCAUUCCGCGCGCCAGACCCGGUGGCCCACUACGUACUCGGCAUGCUCUACAUCAUCUUCCACAUUGUCUCCGUCCUCGGCAACGGCAGCGUGCUCUGGAUCUUCCUCACGACAAAGGAACUUCGCACGCCUUCCAACCUGUUCAUCAUCAACCUGGCCUCCAUGGACUUCCUGAUGAUGCUGAAGACACCCAUCAUGAUCUAUAACAGCUUCCACCAGGGCCCGGCGCUGGGCUGGGUGGGCUGCGCCGUGUUUGCCACUAUCGGUACCAUAUCCGGCGCCGGUUCGUCGUGCGCCAACGCCCUCAUCGCCUACGACCGUUACAAGAAGAUCUCGGACCCGAUGGGUGUCGACUUUCGCAUGACGUGUCGCCGGGCGCUCUGCCUGAUCGCGCUCAUGUGGGUGUACAUCUCUCCGUGGGUGGUGCUGCCUCUGCUGGAGUUGUUCAGCCGGUUCACCCCCGAGGGCUUCCUCACAUCGUGCGGCAUCGACUUCCUGUCUGACGCUUGGGACACGCGCGCCUACAUCGCCGGCAUCUUCCUCACUAUGUACGUGCUGCCCGUGCUGUCCAUCGCCGUCUUCUAUAUCCGCAUCUUUAUGCACGUUUCAGCGCACGAGAGCACCAUGCGCGCCCAGUCGGCACAGAUGAACGUCAAGUCGCUGCGUGCCGGCGAUGACGGCGACAUGCGCCAGGAGCUGCGCGUCGCCAAGGUGGGCGUCAUGCUGACAGCGCUCUACCUGUUCGCCUGGACGCCGUAUGCGGCCGUGGCCUUCCUGGGGGCGUUCGGCGGCAAGGCCUACGUCACGCCGCUCGUCUCCAUGAUUCCGGCGUGCACGUGCAAGACGGCCGCCUGCCUGGACCCGUUCGCGUACGCCAUCAGCCAUCCGGCGUACCGGCAGGCGCUGGGACGCCGGCUCGGCUGCGGCCAGGAGGCGCCCACCACCGCGUCGGCCGUUACCGCCAGCCAGAAGGGCGUGGACGACGUCGUGUCGACAACGCCUGCCUGAAUCGGGCCCACAUUCCAACAGUCCGGUCGGGCCGGGUCAUGCAGCGAGUGCGCUGUCUUACUUUUACAGGUAUAGCUUGAAACUGGCGUUCCCAGAUUCGACCGCUAACAACCGCAAUAUUAAUGAACCGUCACGACGAUUGGCGAGGAUUUGGAAUGCUAUUUAUCUACUGCAUUAUUCAGUAAUGGUGUAGCUUCUGUAGAUAAAAGAAGCUACGACGCAGGGUGACAGCUGUAAUGACGAUUCCACAGAUAACAGUAGGUCGACUGUUAUCUAUUAUGCAUGCCUGGGGGUGCAUAUGUGUGUAUGUCAGGCAUUCCUUGCGACAUAAGCCAAGUAUAGCGAUGAAUCCUGCACCGUGUUUAUAUGCUUCUACACUAGAGAUAUUGCGGCUGCAGCAUUGCGUGAUACUGAUAUUCUUGAUAACAUGGUACAUUGCAUCCACUUUGAAAUUCCUUUAACGAAAAAUAAUGAACAAAACUAAAUGCUAGCAUGAACACCAGAUACCUUUAGGUUUUAUCAGGGAGUCGAGAGUGUCGCCCUAAAUUAUGCGCCAUGUAGGUUAUAUAAUAUACUUCUUUUAAAUAUUUCAUUCGGCUCAGUAAUGAAAAUUGGCCAAGUCCUUUCAAGCUUGCAGCUGCCUUUUUCAUAUGCAUAACCGCCUACGCAGCACUUACAACACCGUGUCAACAAAAUGCUGAACUUCGCGAUCCGUACUGUC